CGCACCCUCUCUUCAGGCGCUCGGGGAUUAGCCAACCCAGGUGAAGGACAACACGACAGUCACUCAAAACUUCACAAAGGGACUUUGGUACUGCCAGUUUUGUCGGUGCCCAGGUGUGACCUUUUUUUUGUUUUAUUAAAGGAACCGGGAGAUUUUGGAAAGUGGAUAAGUUAUGCAGCCGUAUGAAAAGAGGAAAUAAUUCAAAGGAAUCCACAAGAUCACAUCCUCCUUCCAAAUGCUUUAGAUUGGACGAUCUCCCUGUCUAACAAACCUCAAUGUCUCCGCCUACUCCCCAUAAAUCAGCUCCUUUAUAACUUCACCAACUGACCCAAACAGUUUCCUCCCCUUGACCAGUCAGGUUUUUGCCCCCAACCCUUAAACCCUGCCCCUUUCUGAAUUCCACCCCCUUCCUGCUCAUUGGCCAAAACCGUCAACAGAAACAACAGCAGCAAGAAAACCAUGGAUACAGAAGACGAUGACCAGCCCGGCUGCUAUUACAACAAGUCGGUGGAGUUCUUCUACAACAAAAGUGGCAAGAACAUCAGCUUGUUCUGGCGCAAGCGAGACUAUGUGGUUGUCACACUGGGCAUGGGCGUGUGCAUCAUAGUCAUCCUCGCCAACAUCCUGGUCAUGACGGCCAUCUUCAUCAACCGGCGGUUCCACUUCCCCAUCUACUACCUGCUGGGGAACCUGGCCGCCGCUGACCUGUUUGCUGGAACCUCCUACCUCUUCCUCAUGUUCCACACCGGGCCCUGGACCAUCCACCUCACCAAACAAAGGUGGUUCAUAAGACAGGGUCUAAUCGACACCAGCCUGACGGCGUCGGUCAUCAACCUGCUCGCCAUCGCGGUGGAGCGCCACCAGACCAUCUUCACCAUGCAGCUCCACAGCACCAUGACCAACCGGCGCGUGGUGCUGCUGAUCCUAGGCAUCUGGUCGGUGGCCAUCGUCAUGGGCCUGGUGCCCACCAUGGGCUGGCACUGCCUGUGCGACCUGGACGGUUGCUCCACCAUGGCGCCCAUGUACAGCCGCAGUUACCUGAUCUUCUGGGCCGUGCUGAACCUGCUGACCUUCUCGAUCAUGGUGGCCGUGUACACUCGCAUCUUCCUGUACGUGCGGCACAAGAGCCACCGCAUGUCGCAGCACACGACACAGGCCAAGCACAAGGAGACUGUAGAGAACCUGAUGAAGACCGUCACCAUGAUCUUAGGUGCGUUUGUGAUCUGCUGGACGCCAGGGCUGGUGGUGCUGUUGCUGGACGGGCUGGACUGCACGAAUUGCCACGUGCUGAGCUACGAGAAGUACUUCCUGAUCCUCGCUGAGUGCAACUCGCUCGUCAACCCAAUCAUCUACUCCUACCGCGACAAGGACAUGCGCCGCACCUUCCGCAAGAUCCUCUGCUACCUGUGUCCAGCCCGGUGUAAGCAGGCGGCGGGUGGCAGCGAUGGAGAUGCCUCGGCAGUGCGCUUCAACACGCUGGAGCAGGAGGUACUGUCUGAAAGCAACGGAACGCAACAUGACCACCACCCACACAAGGGCGCCGGCGAGCACAAGAACGGGAUGGGCGACAGGGGGGUUGGGGAGGGCAAAGGCGCAUACUGAAAAAAAUAUCUCCCUACCCACCUCAAUCUCAGAGGCUAUAUUCUAGAAUGUUUUUAGCACACCCACCCCCCACCCCCCCGAUUCUCAGAAUUACGUUUUUUUUAUAAUCACUAUUUUUAAGCUUGCAUUUUCUUAUUUUUUUACAUAAAGAACCUUGGACAAGCAGUCAUUGUGCCUGACCUGUAAUUAUCGAGAUGUUAUGACAACCCUCUCCCCCAUACCUGGAAAAAAACAAACAAAAAAAAAAAAAGACAAAACUGACCCAAACUUCCAAACCCCUGAACUUUCACCUUUUCUGUUGAACCAUAAGUAAUAACCUGUGGUGCUUACAAAGUGCAAUGUUUCGGUGCUUUCCCCCCAUGCCUGUUGCAUUCGCAAACCAGCUUCUCCCAUAGCUGCUCCCAUUUGUCCCAGUGUCAUCAUAAUGCUCCUGAUUGGCUGAUCACACCUGAGGUAGCCAAUCAGAAGUGCCACUGAUUUCUUGUCAACUGGUCCCAGUGUCCUCUUAAUACUCCUGAUUGGCUACCUCAGGUAUGAUCAGCCAAUCAGAAGUGCCUCUGAUGAUUUCUUUCAGCUGGUUUCUGAUUUCUACUGCUCUUUCCUCACCUACAUAACUGCUAGAGAUUCAAGACCCCUCCACACCAGGACCAAUGAAUAUAGAAUGUUUCAAUGACUUAAUCCAUGUCUGCUGUCUAAGUGGUUGUUAUUCAUAUUGACUAGAGCGAUACUUUAAGGAUUAUGCCAAAGUUCUAGUUACUGGUGUCGACGGGCCUUCUGCCAAACCUCCACUGCGGAGGAGUCACUCCCAAGGGUGUUAUUUUGUAUACAGUAUAUACUAUGAUCUGAUAUAUUUGUAUGUAUGUGUGUAUAUAAUAUACAGGGAUAUAUAGUUUGAUGGCUUAGUGCUGGGGUUCUCCAUCUUGUGCCUGGAGCCUUGUGCAAAGGAAAUCUCCCAUCUGCACUCCAGCGAGGUGUUCCAAGGUGGUGAUCUGGAUGAGUUAACCUGGAGUAAAGGCCUAUUCACACCAAGAACGAUAACGACAACUAUAACCAAAAUUCGAUGGGUUCUGAUUGGCUAUUAGCUUAUUAUCGUUCUGAAAAUCGCUCUAAAAAGUGAUCCCCAACGAUAUCGUUCUUCAUGUCGUGAUUGUUAUAGUUUACUUGUGAAUGUCGUCAUUCAUAUUAACGAGAACGAUAUUUAUUAAUAGUUAUCGUUAUCGUUCUUUGGGUGAAUGGGGCCUUAAGUGUGAAGCCUCCUGAAAGCUAAACAGCACUGUGGCUUUGUUUUGCUCGGACACUGAAGCCAUAGGCCAUAGGGCACCUCCAUAGUAGUCUGGGUGGUCUUUGGAAAAACAAUAGGGAAAUUUGGAACACCGUGGUAGAGUGUUUACAUUUUCAGAUUUGGUCCCAUAGCAACGCCUCAUGACAACCAUAUUAUUUUCCAUCAUGACUAAUCAUGUCAUUUGCAUUAAAUCUCCUGAACCAAAUAAGAUUACACUGAAAUGCUGAUGGCAACCCCUACGUUUUGAUGGUAUAAGGAGGUUUACCACUUACUUUGACUCAACUCCGCCAGUUUUUUUUUUUUUUUACCAGACCACAUACUUGGAAUACCUCCCAUUGGUUGAGGUCAGUGUCAUCUUAAUCCUCCUCAUUGGCUGACCACACCUGCGGUAGCCAUUCAGAAGUGCCAGAAAUGAGUUCUGUCAGGUGGGAUCAGCCAAUCAGGAGCUGGUGAGUUCUACCAGGUGUAGGAUUGGGAAGCCCUCGUCCAGUGCCACCUCUGUGUAGGGUGACCACUGUUUGUGACCACUUUUUUUUGUGUUGUGUCUAUGUUUGUUUUUUUGUUUGUUUGUUUGUUUGUUCUUGUUGUCUGUGUCUCAAGUCGAGCAGAACAAGGAUUUCUUCCCAGAUUCG